AUGUACGCUCUAUUCAUGGGGGGCCUUGCUUUGUCGCUGAGCUCAAGCACUCGGGUCAUCGGCUCUGUCCUGUGUUUGUCCCUCUUCGGAACGUUUGCGGGGCUACGAUGGUUAUUGUCCAGAUUCUUCGUCUCGUACUGCGAGAAUAGCCUGAGAGCCGACUUGGUCGACAUCGGGAAACACUACUGUGUCCCGGAGUCAGAGGGGACAAGGAACGCGCCGAGUAGUGCCAGCUCUUUCUGGGUCGUUGAGGCGUAUUCUGAUGUAACGGAAUAUUGUGAGAUAGUUGGGACGGUGGGAUUGGACUCGAGCACGAAUGACGACCAGACUACCGCAGAACUCCGGAGGAUGACCGUCUCGCCUCACCACCGAAGGCUAGGCAUCGGGCAAUUGCUAUUGAUCACCCUCAUCGCUCACGCGCGGGAACGGGGGCUGUCUUCGGUAUUUCUCACGACGACUAAUCAUCAGGCUCCUGCUAUUCGACUGUAUGAGAGGAUUGGUUGGGUCGUCCAGCGAAGAGCUGCUGUUUGUAGACUGCUUCCGACGUUUGAGCUUGCUCUUGUUGAUAUGAAACUCGAUCUGACGAGGGACUAG